GCCCGUGAACUUCAUUAUUGCAGUGAAUCUAGGCGUGGUUAGAAAGCAAAAAUGAAAUUGUUGUCGUUGACGGUGAUCACCUGUGGGCUGUUGGUCUUGGCAAAUGCCAAGCCAUCGCGCAGCAGUAUGACGGAGCUGGCUGAUAUUACCGAGGAGUUCCGCGUCAAGUUUGACAAGUUGCACACGGAAAAGGACGAAUUCGUGAACCUGGCCCGCAUCAUCACCCGUGCCGAGCUGAAGUUGCUGAACGAAGCAACUACGAAAAAUUUGGCUGAUGCGUGGAGUGACAUCGACCAUCACUUCGACAACACAAGGAAGAUCAUCGCCGAUAUGAUCUUGUAUCCGAAUGCCAACGAGGACUGCAUGCUGGGACUGGUGGAGGAGAUCGUUGCCGAGCGGAUUCGCGCUGCGUAUGAAAUGAGCCUUUGUGCCGCUGAUAAGAUCGCCAUCAAGGAAGGACUGGCCGACGAGUUCCGUGACUUGGUCAGCCUGCUGCAACGAAUCUCGUCCGCCGCCGCCGAAUACACACUGUUUUCGUUCGCCAAUCACAACUCGUUCAUCGAUCCGGAGGGUCACAUCGACUGGCUGGAGCGUAACUUCCAGAAUCAGGUGGACUUCUGGGAUAACGUUGCCCGUCCGGAAGCGCAGGAAGAUCUGGACAAUCUGGAGAUGAACCGUCCGGAUCUGGUGGAGGAGAACCGUGCCUGCCUGGAUCGCAUCCAGGUGCAGAUGACGGAGGUCGACCGGAACAUCAACCAGCGACUGGGACAGUGUCUCGGCUGAACAGUGGGGAGGUGCUGGGGAGUGUAGAAUUUCUAGUAGAGAGUGAUAAUAAAUUGGAUGUUCAUACGUGGCCGUAGGUUGUUUUCGAUAA